CUCCCUGCUCUGAAAGCUCAGGAAUAUCAUUAGUUUUAGCGCCCAAUUUGCCCCCAUAAAUACCCUCUGCUCUUCAAACCCUAGCCAUCAUCUACUUGUGGUUGAGUUGUGGAGGAAUACUUACCUUGCUUUAAAUUUAAGCCUUUGUGGUGGAGGAGGAAUAUACUGUGAGUCUUCAAACCCUACCGUGGUCUUCGAGUAACCCUAGCUAUGUCUCAGACGGAAAGAUUCAAGCGAGGCCGUGAGGAGGAGGAAGAGGAGGAAGAGAAUGAGUUCUGUGAGAAGAGAUUCCGCUUCCUUACGGCGGAAGGAGAGGAGCUUUUGCAUCUCCUGGAGGAUGUGGAGUCCUGCGGCGAGAAAAAUGAGGAUCUUGUUAAUGGAGUAAUGAAGAUCCUGGAGGAGGAAAUUGGCGUAGGGUUGAAUGCUGAUGUUUCUUCUGUUUCUUGUUCUGAAGGUUCUGAGGUGGAAUCUGGCGGAAACUGUUCGCCUCAGUCCAGAAUAGACCUCGGAUACCUGCUGGAGGCGUCUGAUGAUGAGCUCGGCAUACCGCCGACUGUGGAUAGCUCAUCUGAUGAGUGCUGCUGUAGAGAUAUUUUGGAGAACCCUAGCGUUCCUGUCAAAGGUGAAUUUGAGGGUUUGGCUCUGUGGCCGUUGGAGGACUACGGUCCGCUUGAGUUUGAGUAUGAUGUAAAUAGAUUCAAUGAAGUUGAAGCUGAAAGGGGUGAGGUUGUGAAUCCUUUACCUGAGUAUUUGCUGUUUGAGUAUUCUGAUGUAGAUCAGUCUUGGAGACGAGAGGCUGCCUGUGGAAUUUGAGGGUUUAGGUUUCAACUGGUCUGGUCUGGCCUCUUGAUGUAUCAUAUCAUACCUCUUUUACCUCUACAAUGUAUCAAAAAUUCGGAAAAGAAAAGUGUCUGCAAAUAUUCUCUGAA